AUGAGGAAGAGCAAGAGGAAGGAGAAAGUGGGGACCCACUGCCCCCCGAUACUUCCAACAUCUUUGGUACCACCACAGAGUGAAGAAGAUGAGGUGGUAGAUGCAAAGCUGACCAUACUCAGUGCUCAGGAAGAUGAUCCUGACCUUCCCAAUGAGGCCCAAUUACAGAGUCAGCAGGAUGAGGAUUCCUGUGUGAAGCAUCAGGAGUGUCCGAUCCAGCCCUGUGAGCUCCCAGCUUCCCCGGAGCCUGGGUCCUCUUCUCCUGCAGUGACAUCCUUGGCAUCACCACCACUCUGCUUUGGUCGCUUCUUAGGCUGUGUCUGCCAGACCUUCUUGAGGUCUAGGAAGCGGAAGCCCUCCAGAAGACAGGGCACUGAGUUGGCGGAGGCAGGAGGUGAUGCUAAGUCUUUAAGACCUGGCCUGCUGAGGGAUCUGGGCAAAAACAGAGUGCAGCCUCAUGAGGGCCUGUAG